AUGAAUGUGGACGAAAAGGGUGUGGACGAAAUGGGUGUGGACGAAAUGGGUGUGGACGAAAUGGGUGUGGACGAAAUGGGUGUGGACGAAAUGGGAGGACGAAAUGGGUAUGGACGAAAUGGAUGGACAGUGGACGAAAUGGGAGUGGACGAAAUGGGUAUGGACGAAAUGGGUGGACAUGGGUAUGGACGAAAUGGGAGUGGACGAAAUGGGAUGGACGAAAUGGGGUGGACGAAAGUGGACGAAAUGGAUGGACGAAAUGGGAGUGGACGAAAUGGGAGUGGACGAAAUGGGUAUGGACGAAAUGGGAGUGGACGAAAUGGGAGUGGACGAAAUGGGUAUGGACGAAAUGGGAGUGGACGAAAUGGGAGUGGACGAAAUGGGUAUGGACGAAAUGGGAGUGGACGAAAUGGGAGUGGACGAAAUAAGUGUGGACGAAAUGGGAGUAGACACAAAAAUAGAGUAAAAUCAAUCGUUUACAAUGGUCUAUCAUGCACCUAG